CCGCUCCUCAUACUUGGUGCUUUUAUGAUGACCCUCUUCAGCGAGUCUGCGUUCACCAUUGUCGACUUUGUCGCCCAGCGACUGAUAUAUGUCGCUGUAUUUCUAACCCUGAGUCUUUCCUCGGACAAGGAGCGACAGUUCGCCCGCCUGGCAAAGAUUAGCCGCGCAGUCUACCCAGGGUUUAUUGCACUUAAUUUAUCCUACUUUAUUUUCCACCUGAAAGCAGGAUAUUCUUCGCUCUUGAUUUUACCAGCUUACGUUAUCGGUCCUUUUAUAUUCUUCAUGAAUCCAGUAUUUUGGCUGGUUUACGGUGACGAUGUUAUUUCUCUGGAUGUAAAGGAAUAUCGCUCUCGCCGAAUGACUCCAGUUAAAGACGAAGUUUUGACCGAGGGUGCCAAUAGCUACGCUGUUAAUGCAGGUUUUUUUGCUUGUCUAGUUGGCUUUGGCUUUGUGGUUUAUACGAAAAACAAAAAUACCCAGAAGCGCCUUGCAGAGGGAUUUUCACCAGAAGGUAGCCUGGCCGAGACCAAGGCUGAGUUUGCAAGCGAGAAGGUACGCGAUCAACUGUACAAGCAGGUCUGAUUACGAUAUACUAGCGCUAUCUUUCAU